AUGGCAAUUCCUAUCAGACUGGCCGCCAUGAUGGUCCUGCUGGUGACAGUGACAGCACAUCCACACAGAAGGCACUGCCACAUGUCCAGAUACAGAUCCCUGUCCCCCAGUGAUAUAAGGGCCGUCAGACUUCUGCACAAUGAACAUGAGAAAAGUCCUUUCAGCGAUGGGAUAAAAUGUCAGAAGAAAAUGUUUCGCCAUAAGCCGUCUGUGUGUGACCUGAAGGCAAGUGACAAACAGAUUCUGACUCUAGAGAGAGUGACGUUGGCUGUAGAUGUGCUGACAAACAUGACCGAGUCUUCACUGAGUGAAUUUGUUUCCCAACCGCUUGAGUUUUUCCGGAGCCUGGAAGAUGAUCUGAAGCACUGUAGAAAGUCUCCAUUGUACAGUGAUUCUCCCUCCCAAACGUUGAUGCCUUGGCUGAACCAUCUCAAGCAUUUCAGAGAAAGGGUUUCUGUUCAGUGUGUCCAGGAUGCCGUGUUGCUCAGCCUAAUCCAGCUGCUAAUUGAAGAUGUAAUGUGUUGGGCUAAUAAGGAAUAAUGCCUCCUUUAGUCAGGAGCAGAGUCAAUACAAUCCAUACGGAGAGAUUAUCCCACAAGCUUUCCCUGCUCCAGAAGCCUGCACGUACAUAU